AUGUCCUUUGAUCCUCACAAUGUCGACUUGGAUACAGCAGAUGCCGCUGAAAUUGUUUGUUACCUUAACGCCGAGGGGAACGAAUACAACGGCCAACUAGGCGCGCGCAUUUCCGCCAUCUUUGUGAUUCUCAUUGUCUCCUCAGCAGCGACCUUCUUCCCUGUGCUCGCACAACGUGCACCACGCCUUCGUAUCCCGAUAUACGUGUAUCUCUUUGCAAAGUACUUUGGAGCUGGCGUGAUUAUCGCAACAGCCUUCAUCCACCUCCUCGAUCCCGCAUAUGAUGAGAUCGGUGGCAACUCCUGCGUCGGAUUGAGCGGCCACUGGGCAGACUACUCGUGGUGUCCAGCAAUCGUAUUGACAUCGCUGAUGGUCGUCUUCCUCAUGGACUUUGGAGCCGAGCGCUGGGUCGAGAUAAAGUAUGGCAUCUGUCGCGAAGACCCAGAGCCAAUGAUGGCGAGCGGAGGUGAAGUAAGGCGUGUGGACUCGCGUCCUUCUGCACGCCACUCGGCCGACAAGCAAGUCAAGGAAAUCGAGUCGCAGACUCAGGAGCUAGCAAUUGAGCGCUCGGUCAAGCAACAAAUUGCCGCUCUGUUGAUCCUGGAGUUUGGUGUUAUCUUCCAUUCUGUCAUUAUUGGUCUCAAUCUUGGUGUUGCGGGUGACGAGUUUGCUACGCUAUACCCUGUUCUGGUCUUCCAUCAAUCGUUUGAAGGGCUUGGUAUUGGGGCGCGCAUGUCGAGUAUCCCAUUUAAAAAGGGGAGCUGGUUGCCUUGGUUCUUGUGUGCUGCUUAUGGACUGACGACCCCGAUUGCCAUUGCUAUUGGCCUUGGCUUGCGCACGACUUACAACCCUGGGUCUUUCACUGCAAACGUUGUCUCCGGUGUGCUGGACUCUAUCUCGGCUGGGAUCUUGCUAUACACUGGACUUGUUGAACUGCUUGCUCGUGAUUUCUUGUUUGAUCCUCACCGCACUCAGGAUAACAAGAGGUUGGCUUUCAUGGUCCUGACUAUGAUCCUUGGUGCUGGUAUCAUGGCUUUGCUCGGAAAAUGGGCUUGA